AUGGACAGCUGGGGCGCGCGCCAGUUCGCGAUGGAGGGAUCCCACUUCCUCGCCGAGGAGAAGACAGCGCUGGAGCGGCACGUGCAGAAGCUCGUGCGGGAGGGCAAACUGCCCGCGUCGGCCGCGGACGGCAUCCUGGAGGCGAGCGCCGCGGACGGCGCCGCGUCCACCAGCGUGCCCACCGUGAGGAGGGGCCGGCCUGCCUCGGAGUUCGUGUACCAGCACGUGAAGGGGGUAAUCCCGGGCAAUAACCUGCCGACCAUGAAGGAGUGGGGCUUGGGGACUUCCGUCGGCUUCGGGGGCAGCAGAUGGACUGUCAAUGACGUUUCUGUCUUCGACAUUGAGGAAGGGAAACGGAUGGCCAAGACGCCGAGGAAGGAGCCAACGGUGUUUGAGAUGAAGCGGGCUGCGGCGAUCCAAAAGGCAGCAGCUGAGUCGCCAACUGUGAACGGCUAUCGUUUGUACCCCAACAUGACGCCUGGCAGGGCAUUCAUGUGGGGUACAAUUGUGGCAGUCACAGGGAUGGCUAUUGGGACUAAGGCGGCUAUGGUGGCGCUUGAAAUCAAAGAGUUGGAUGAUGUUUCUGUUCGCAUGAGGCAAGUUCUCCGUCCUUAUGUGGAGUAUAUCGCAUCAGCAAUGCGACCAUGGAGAGGGCUGAUCGUCGCUGCUGGUGAGCAGACCGACGUCCAGAACAGCGCGGUAGCUGACGUCGCCCGAAGGAUGAAGGCAUUUCUGGAGGAGCGCUAG